UCUCUCUAAAACAUCACCCAAACCUCCUCUCUUCUCCCGCCUCCUCCAUCUCAACCCGCCUCCUCCAUCUCAACCCGCCCCACCACCACCGCAAUCUCCUCUCUUCUCUCCCGCCUCAUCACCACCGACCCACCACCACGACGAUCUCCUGUCUUCUCUCCCACCUCACCACCAACGACCCACCACCACGACGAUCUCCUCUCUUGUCUCCCGCCUCUCACAUACUCUUCUCUCGACGUACCACCAUCGACGGCCACCCCAAACCCGCCCCCCACCACCAUCUCUUCUCUCUCACAGGUGUCUCUCUCUCACUUCCCUCUCCAUUAAUCUACAUUUGAUUUUUUCAAAAAACACAAAAAAGAAAGAAAAGAAAAGAAAGUAGGGUUAUUUUCUUCUCCAGAUUCCAUAAAAUUAGGGCCUCUUAGGAUUGGAGUGUGGAAAAUAUCUGGAAGUGCUUAAUUUGAAUUGGGUUUGUGCCAUUUCACAUGUUUUUGAAUUUGUGGUUCAGUUCCAUAAAAAAGCAGAGUUCAUUUGUUUAGGAUCACUUGGCCAGGCUUCUUAUCUGUAUGGUACCAUAGAUGUCUAGUUGUAUUAGGUAUAAGUCGCACUUGCGGAAGGAGGAUUCCAUUAGUCGGUCUACCAAAUUCAUUUACAAGACAACACAUACAAAUAUUGGAGAUAUGUAGUAAACAUCAAUGCAACGCAACCGACUACAGCUAGAAUUAGAAGCAGUUUACUUUGUUUGUCACAAAAUUAUAAGCACGUACAUACCAUUUUCUUAUUGAGUCCCUGGAGGAGUGUGUGGAACCUUCGGAUCACUAGAUUGAUUGCAAGCAAAAACAUUCAAACUCGCAUUCACAUGUUGGUUGAUCCUCACAAAACAUCGAGGGUUCGGGCGGUGUGUUUUCUCUCAUACCUAUUGGGACAAUACCUUUUUCAGUACUCCUUGAGCUAAUCCUCAUUGUUUUCGCGCAUUAAGCUCAGCCGUAAGAACAUGCGCCUGCCCGAACGCUCUUGUAACUCUGUAGCCGUCAUCUACUUUGUAACCUCACCCUAGUUUCCGUUUCAAGAUUGAUUUUAAACAACCGAUCUGCGUUUAAGGAAUGGAAUGAAAACCAAAGUAAUCCCUCCGUGAUUGGCUCUAUCUACCUUGAAAGUUCAGAUGUUUUAUCUAGGAUAUUUUACAUAAAUAGUAACUGUGCUCGAAGUUGAAGUGCUUUUUUUUGUUCCACAAAAGUUGAAUUGUUGUUACAAACAUGCUUGAAUUCUAUAGGUCCUUGUCAAAAAACAAACCCCACAUAGAUCAAAUGCAGUUGGCUUUUACUGCAUUUUAAGCCGUUUGGACUGAUUCUAAUGCUUUGGUUCCAAUCCGGUUGCAGGCUUAUCUAUAAUUGCUAAAUAUCUAGUGAAAAAAACUUCACAGGUUAGUCCUCAUCUUAGAUGUAAGAUAGUGCAAAAGGAUAAUUUCCAUCAACACAAUAACAAUGUGUUCCAGACAUUUGCUAAUUAAUUUCAUUUGGUUUUCGUAUAGGGAGCAUCAACUACAUGCUAUGUAGCACUGAAUCCACAAGUCGAAGGGAUAAGUGGAGAGUAUCUUUCGGACUGUAACAUAGUGAAACCGAGCUUGACUGAUCCCAAGCCAUGGAUUCAGGAGUGGAAAGGCAGAGUCAUCUUGGCAUUGCAAGAGUUCAGUUUGCGGAUGACGAGUCGGCUUAAGGAGGUCUUGAGGCUUUCAGAAUUAUUGCAGAAAGAUGUUGCUACCUCUGGCUACGGGGCUUAGAAAAGUGCUGCAGAUUUCAAUGUCUUGAUUUUGUUUUGUGUAGUGUCUCCUUUUGUAGUAAUGGAUAACCUUCUGGUUUGUUUGGUUGUCUUCCCAGGGUAUGACCCAUGGUCAAGUACUUUGGUUUGUUUCAAUGAAAUUUUAGCCUAUAUAAAGGCAUGUUAGGCACACCAAUAUCAACAUGCCCAAGUACUUGACAACAUGGAAUACGAUGUCGAUGGAUUAACAUGGCGUAGAGGUGAUUUGAUUGGAACAGACGCAUUCGGGUCAGUCUAUUUGGCUACUCCCAAGAAAUCUGAAUCACAACAGCUCGGUCCCUUUCCAACCCAGAUGGCAGUGAAGUCGGCUGAACUCUUCGAUUUGGGUUCGCUUCGAAUGGAGAAGCAGGUUUUGAGCAUUCUUCAUAACACUAAUAAGUGCCCUUACAUUAUCAAGUGCUUUGGAGAUGAGUAUACCACCGGCGAGAACGGCGAAAACGUGUACAAUCUUUUGUUAGAGUACGCUUCAGGUGGUUCCCUACAUGAUCUGAUCAGGAAAUCACGUGGUUCUGGGUUGCCAGAGUCCGAUGUGAGGCUUUACACGCACUCAAUUCUUCUUGGGAUCAAACAUGUUCAUGAUUGCGGUUUACUUCACCUUGACAUAAAGCCGGAUAACAUCUUACUUUUUCCUUGCGCUUCACGUACUACUGGUUCCACUAAGUUUAUGGCUAAAAUCUGUGAUUUUGGGCUAGCAAAAAAGGCGAAUCAGGGGAAGUCUGCCGUGAGAGGAACUGUUAUGUAUCUAUCGCCAGAGGCUGUGACUGAUUGCAUACAAGAGGCUACCUCUGAUGUUUGGGCCAUUGGUUGCGUUGUUCUCGGGUUGCUAACCGCGAAGCAAGUUUGGGCGAGGAAAGCAUAUUGGAGCACUGAUGAAUUUGUCCACAAGAUUGGUCACGUGUUUGGAACGCCUGAAAUUCCAAGUGGGAUAUCAGAGGAAGGGAAAGAGUUCUUGAAGGGUUGUUUUCAGAGGAGGGCUAUGGAUAUAUUGACAGUUGACAUGUUGUUGGAACUUCCCUUUGUUUCAGAUUUGGAUGACAGAGGCGAUGCUGAAGAGUCAGAACCAUGCAGGUUAUGGAUGAGAAUUAUGAUGAAGAACGUGAGGAGAAUUUGGACACUCAAAUGCCCAAGAAUAGCGUGAAAGUGCCAGACAUUGAGAUUGAAGACGAUCUGUCCAUGUGUUCUAGCGAUACAAAGCCGAGGCAUAUGGCUGAAGAGGAUCCCUCCAUGUGCUCUAGCGAUUUUGAGCCUAGCAUUGUUGUUUAUUUUGAUCAGGAUACCGUAGUUGAGCCUAUUGAAGAUGAAGAGGAAGGGAGCUACGAUGAAGAACAUGAGGAGAAUUUGGACACUCAAAUGCCCAAGAAUGGUACUGAUAGCGAGAUAGUGCUAAACAUUGAGAUUGAAGAGGAUCCGUCCAUGUGUUCUAGCGAUACAAAGCCAAGGCUUGUGGUUGAAGAGCAUCUCUCCAUGUGCUCUAGCGAUGAAGAGCUUAGCAUUGAGGUUUAUUUUGAUGAGGAUGCCGAAGUUGAGCCUAUUGAAGACGAAGAGGAAGGGAGCCCUAGGCACAACGACUCCAACUUGAUUGAGCCAAUAUUGGAAGAUGAGCCAAGUGUUGUAUAUCUAAGGACUGUGACAAAUCAUGAGACGCGGAGCCCCUUGAGUGACGAGACAAUCCACAACCGCAAUAUGUCCAUGUGUACUACCGAUACAAAGCCGAGGCUUGUGGCUGACGAGGAUCCCUCCAUGUGCUUUAGCGAUGAAGAGCCUAGCAUUGAGGUUUAUUUUGAUGAGGAUGUCGAAGUUGAGCCUAUUGAAGAUGAAGAGGAAGGGAGCCCUAGGCACGACGACUCUAACUUGAUUGAGCCAAUAUUGGAAGAUGAGCCCUGCAUUGUAUAUCUAGGGACUGUGACAAAUCAUGAGAAAUGGAGCCCCACAAGUGAUGAGACAAUCCAAAACCACAAAAGGGGGAAACUGAUGUCGAGUCCUGAUGCAGAUAGUGAUGAAGGAGAAUUUUGGUUUUGCUCAUCAAUGCUGCAAUUUCCGGUGAAUGCAAUACCAUCGAAGCCAUGUGCGUCUUCCCUCUGUGUAGCAUUUUAGUGGAGAGUUAUAGUAUCACAUACUUUAGCCUGGUAUCGUCUUCCGAAAUUGGACGGAUACAAAUCGUUCUAGGGUAAAUGGUUUGAUUGUGUGUUUGUUCUUAUUUAUGAGAUUUGAACUAAGGCAUUUCUCUUAAGUAUAUAUCUAUUGGGUUAUUGUAUAGGAUAUGAAUCAAGUCAGUUUCCCAAGUAUUAUGCAAUCAUCUUUAGGUUUGUAUUACUUGAAUUGUGGAAUAUCUUUGGGCAUGUCUGAAUGAUGAAUGACGGUGCUGAUGCAAAAG